AUGCGCUUCUCCAUCCUUACCACCGCCGGUCUCCUCGGCGUAGCUGUCGCCGCCCCGGCCCCCUCCCCCGUCGCGCUCAACUUUGACGAUGUCGUCGUUGUUGGCCAUGAUGGUACCCAUCAGAUCAUGAAGAGUGCCGAGUACGACGCUCUCCAGCAGUCUGGCUCCGCUCUCGCACCGGCUCCCCCCCUCAAGAUCCGUGAUGUCUCUCGCCGCGACUGCGCACAGUCCACCGAGAUCCAGAUCAUGUCGGAUGAUGAGUUUCUCAACUGGGACGUUGCCAUCUCCCCUGUCCUGAGCUCCAACGGCGGCGCCGCGACUGUCUCCGUUUCCAACGGUUACUCCAUCGCCAACACCGUCACUGUCAACGCUGGCAUCACGGCCACCAUUGAGAAGGUCAUUGGCCUCUCCCUCUCCGUCAGCUACGCUCAGAGCUGGACCACCACCGAGACCCAGACCAUCGGCUUCAGCGUCCCUGAGGGCCAGUUCGGCGUCGUCGUCUCCCAGCCUAGCGUCCGCCGCGUCACUGGAAACGUCCUCUCCGGCUGCACCGACAGCCCCGACAAGAGCAGCUUCGUCUCCGAUACAUACACCUCGCAGUCCUACGGCAGCCUCUCUUGGGUCAAGGGCGUCAUUCGUCUUUGCAACAGCACCACCUACCCCAUCCCCUACUGCAUUGGCCAGGGCACGCACAGCUAA